CAUUGGCGCACCGGGGGCGGUUGGGCGGGCGUGCCCCGGGCAGAGGGGCAGGCUCCUCGCACGCAGGCACUGGCAGAGCUGGGCCGGUCUGCUGAGGCCGAUACCCUCCCCGGCUAGUGGGGUUUAAAGGCUCUGCCGCAGCCAGCCUGUGAACGGUGGGAGGCGCCAAAACGCUCCCUCCCGCCUCCCCCGCGGGCUGAGGAAGCGCCUAAGCAGAGCGGCACCUACCCUGGUCUCACUGACGGGGGGAGGAGGAGCAGCGGCCUGGGAGGAAGGCCGGUGGUACGGGAUCAGGUCCAUAUGGAGGCUGAAUCUCCUGUUUCUUAUGGAGUCACCGGCAAGCAGGUGAUACAUGCUGCUUUCUUUUCAGCCCUAAAGAUGUUGGAUGUUGGAAAAUGGCCAAUUUUUGCACUCUGCUCUCAAGAAGAACUGAAGUUAAUUCGUCAAGCCUGUGUAUUUGGCAGUGCUGGUAAUGAAGUGUUGUAUGCAACUGAAAAUGAUGAGGUGUUUGUGCUUGGCACCAACUGCAGUGGCUGUUUGGGAACAGGCGACAUUCAGAGCACAAUUGAACCACAGAGAUUAGAUACUUUAUGUGGCAAAAAGAUAGCCUGUCUGAGCUAUGGAAGUGGUCCUCAUGUUGUUAUUACUACUGCAGAAGGAGAAGUGUACACAUGGGGCCAUAAUGCUUAUAGUCAGCUGGGCAAUGGUACAACAAAUCAUGGUUUAGUUCCCUGUCAAGUCUCUACUAACUUGGUAAACAAGAAAGUAAUUGAAGUCGCCUGUGGCUCUCACCAUUCCAUGGUGUUAACAUCUGAUGGAGAGGUGUAUGCAUGGGGUUAUAAUAAUUCAGGACAGGUUGGAUCUGGUUCAACAGCUAAUCAGCCAAUUCCUCGAAGAGUUACCAGCUGCCUACAAAAUAAGAUAGCUGUUAAUAUAGCUUGUGGACAGAUGUGUUCAAUGGCUGUUGUAGAAAAUGGAGAGGUCUAUGUCUGGGGUUACAAUGGUAAUGGCCAGCUUGGAUUGGGCAGCAGUGGUAAUCAGCCAACACCUUGUAGAAUAGCUGCUUUGCAAGGCAUUCGUGUGCAGCGGGUUGCCUGUGGCUAUGCACAUACAUUAGUUCUAACAGAUGAAGGUCAGCUGUAUGCAUGGGGAGCCAAUUCGUAUGGUCAGUUAGGCACUGGCAAUAAAAGUAACCAGUCUUACCCUGCACCAGUUACUGUUGAUAAGGACAGAGUUAUAGAAAUUGCAGCCUGCCAUUCUGUUCACACUUCUGCUGCUAAAACCCAGGGUGGCCAUGUGUAUAUGUGGGGUCAGUGCCGUGGCCAGUCUGUGAUUCUUCCACACCUUACGCACUUUGCCUGCACAGAUGAUGUGUUUGCUUGUUUUGCUACUCCUGCUGUGACAUGGCGUCUCCUAUCAGUAGAACCUGAUGACCACCUAACAGUAGCCCAAUCACUGAAGAAGGAAUUUGACAACCCUGACACUGCAGACUUAAAGUUUCUAGUGGAUGGAAAAUAUAUUCAUGUUCAUAAAGUCCUUCUCAAAAUUAGGCUCAAGAUAACUGCUUGUUAAUCGCCUAGAGUGGAAUCUGUGUGGACAAUCACUUAAAUGAGAAAGAACAGUUAACCUGCAGUAACUGUGGUUCUUUUUCGAGUGCUUGUUCAUGUUGAUUCCAGUCAGAUGUGCGCACACCACGUGCACAGUUGCCGGAAAUUUUUCCCCCAGCAGCUCCUAUCAGGUCAGCUGUGGAGCCUCCUGGAGUGGCGCCUUCAUGGCACUCAAUAUAUGACCCUGCUGACCCAGCGUCUCCUCAGUUCCUUCUUACCACCUGUGACGGUUGUUGGAACCGCGAGUGGCUUGCUUACAAGUUCUACUCGCUUCCCCUAGCUUUCUAGUGUAGGGUAUGUUAGUAAUUUAUAGUUGUUCUGGUUUUUAUUAGUUAGCAGUAGUUCUGUUAGGAGUGGAGGAUUUCCCUUCCACCCCGACCUUUCCCCUUGGGGACCUCGAGGCAUGCCUUGAUCCCUGGGGUUCAAGGCCUGCAAGUCCUGCAAUAAGCCCAUGCCAAUGGGCGACCCCCACAAUGCUUGUGUAAAGUGUCCAGGGGAGGCUCACCAAGCCAUUAGGUGCAGGAUUUGCAAGGUUUUUCGACCAAGGACCAGAACGGAGCAGGAUAUCAGGUUGAAACAGCUCCCUAUGGAGGCGGCUCUUAAACCACAGCCAACCUCAGCGCAACAAAACCCGACACUGAGCACAGAGACUCACAGCACUGUCAACCCUUGUACCUAAGACUGUGGGAACUGCCUGGCACUUGUCCCACUCUCUGGCACUGCAUAAGAAGCAUGCCAAGCAGGGUAGAGGCGGAUCUCCUGAGAGACCCUCCCCUGCAGUCUCGGUCAAUGGGGCACGUCCCAGAGAGGAACACCUGGCCCCAAGACCUGUGAAGUUGGCUUUGGGGACUUCAGACACGCAAGGUGUACCAUUGUGCUCGGGACAGUUGGAUUCCUCAGUCCAUAUGGUAGAGGAGGUGGGGCCACUCCGGACACCUUCGAGGCCCCGCAGGACCUCAUUGCCAUGACAGCACUGUGGUCUCCGAGUCUCCGUGAUAAGUCCCCUGCGCUGCCGAGGGUGCUACUGUCCCGCGACAAGCAACAAUGGUGCGCCCACCUGUAUCUCCAAGCCACCGAUCCCCAGCACCAAUCAAACUCGCGGCACUGGUCCCAUGAUCGUUGGAGGUCCCGCUCCCGGCGCUGAUCAUCAUCAUGUCUCUGAUCCUGUCGAUACAGACUGAGGUCUCAGCACCGCUCCCCUUCCUCACAGCACCACUCACCUGCUUAACUCCAGUUGGCACCACCUGGUCCUCUAGAUCCCGGUCCCUGUCCUCAGAACGCGGAGUCUAGGUACUCACGCCAGAGCCAGCACCAUUCAACACAUUGACAGCCCAACACGGGUACGAUGCCAUGGUCACCUCAAUGGCAAGGACUGGCACAAUGGUCUUUUUGGACCUCCUGGGCAUAUCACCAGUCCCAAGGUACCUUGUCCAAGGGCUCCUGGUAGUUGGCAUCCAAGCCCAAGCUGCCAAUGGCCAUAGCCACUGCCCCACACCCAGAAGUGCUGAAGGGAUUCUGGUUACAGCACCUUCACCAGCAUAGACCCCUGCCCCUACAGUGGAACAGGGGAUCAUUGACCCAGAACAGCAGGUCGAGCAGGAGGUCCCCAUGGAUCAACAGGCCCAGGAUGACCCAGUUCCCCUGCCUGAAUCCUCAUCCUCUUCCCCGGAUGAGGCAGUAGCAGAAACUUCAGUCUCAGGAUGACCAUCCAUAGAUAAUCGCGCCCACCAGGACCUACUGUGCAAGGUGGCGCGCAACAUGGGCUUGCAAGCUGAGGAGGUGGUGGAACACAAGGACCCAAUGGUCGACAUUUUGGCCCCACAAGGUCCAUCUCGAGUGGCGCUGCAACUCAUUAGGACCAUUCAAAACAACACCAAAACUUAUGUGGCAGACCCAGGCCUCCAUCCCCCCAGUGGUCAAGGGAGUACAACGCAAAUACUUCAUUCCCUCUAAGAGUUACAAGUAUCUAUACACCCACCCACAGCCCUGCUCCUUGGUUGUGUUUGCGGUUAAUGAAUGUGAAAGGCAGGGACAGCAGGGACCCAUGACUAAGUCCAAGGACUCUAAAAAACUUGACCUUUUUGGUAAAAAGGUCUACUCCUUGGGGGGGCCUACAGCUCAGGAUUGCUAAUCAGCUGGCAGUCCUGAGCAGAUAUAAUUUUAACUCAUGGAACUCCAUGCUCAAAUUUAAGGAGCUAAUACCAUCAGAAUCCAGGGAUGAGUUUGGGGCCAUUGUGGAGGAGGGCAGGACAGUGGAACGGACCUCUUUACAGGCCUCACUGGAAGCUGCUGACUCAGCGGUGAGUGCCUUGGCCUCUGGCAUAGCCAUGAGGAGACCUCAUGGCUUCAAGUUUCGGGUCUGCGUCCUGAGGUCCAACAGAUCCUGCAGGACCUGCCCUUUGAUGGGACAGGAUUAUUUGCGGAGCAAACAGACUCCAGGCUACACAACCUAAAGGAUUCGAGGGUAAUGAUGAAGUCACUGGAAAUGCAUACCCCAGCUAUUCAGUGAAAACACUUUAAACCUCAACCUCACCCUAGGCAAGACUAUUCUAGAAGACAAGGUUGGAACGGGAGGCAUAAGCCGUCCCAGCCCUCACCAUCACAGGGCCAGGCAAGCACCUCGUUGGCCUCCAAGUGGACAUUUUCAAGGUGUGCCCGGGACUGAUGUGCCAGACUGUAUACCUGAACCUCAACCCUGCUUUCAGAAUUGUCUAUCCCACUUCUACUGUGCAUGGUCCCAAAUAACAUCGGAUCACUGGGUUCUCUGCAUGGUACAAGUGGGAUAUUCUCUCCAGUUCUGCUCUUCCCCUCCCUCCCAUUCCACUUUCCCAUCCUUCUUCAGGGACCUUUCUCACGAGCAGCUCCUUAUCCAGGAAGUGCAAUUACUCCUCACCAUAGAAGCAGUGGAGGAAGUUCCUCAGGAGCUAAAGGGGAAGGGAUUCUACUCCCGCUAUUUCCUAAUACCCAAGGCAAAGGGGGGUCUCAGACACAUUCUAGACCUGCGCAUCCUCAACAGAUUCAUGGUGAAGUUGAAGUUCCGCAUCGUUUCCCUGAGCACGAUUAUUCCUUCCCUGGAUCCGGAAGACUGGUAUGCCGCCCUUGACAUGAAAGACGCUUACUUUCACAAAGCUAUUCAGCCCGCGCCCAGACGAUUUCUGCGCCAGCCACAAAUACAAUCAGUUCAUGGUCAACAGCCCCCUGAGCAUUCACCAAGUGUAUGUCAUUCAUAGCAGCCUUCCUCUGCAGGAGGCAGGUGCAGGUAUACCCUUACCUCGAUGACUGGCUGCUUAGGGGACACACCAGGAGCAGGUGGAGUCUCAAGUCUGACUAGUCAGAGCGACUUUCGAGAGGCUGGGUCUCCUGCUCAACAUGAACAAGUCAACAUGAACAAGUUGUCACUGACUCAAAGAAUAGAAUUGUGUGGUGCUGGACUCGGUGCACACCAGGGCGCUCCUGCCAGAGACCUGAUUUCAGGCUAUGACAGACAUUAUCCAAAACCUCAAGAGGUACCUGACCACUACCACGAGGGGAUGCCUAAGUCUCCUUGGUCACAUGGCAGCCUGCACUUAUGUGGCACGGCAUGCCAGACUGAGGCAUGCCAGAGUGAGGCUCAGACCACUUCAAGCAUGGCUCGUGUCUAUAUACCACCUGGGGCGCAACAGCCUGGAAUCAGUGGUCAUGGUGCCAGAACAAGUAUUUGAGCCCCUCCAAUGGUGGCUCACAGUCUACAAGGGAGUCCCCUUCAACAGCCCCCAGCUCUUCUUGUCUCUAGUAACGGACAUGUCAGCUCUGGGUUGGGGGGCACAUCUGGGAGAGCUCCAGACACAAGGAUUAUGGUCGCAAGAUGAGCUCUCCCUGCAUAUCAACAUCAGAGAGCCCAGAGCAGUAUGGCUAACAUGCCAAACCUUCCUAUCCCGGCUCCAAGGCCAGUGUGUGCAGGUAAUAACAGACAACACCAUGGCCAUGUUUUACAUCAACAAGUAUGGUGGAGCCUGCUCCUCCACCCUAUGUCGAGAGGCCUUCAGCUAUGGGAGUUCUGCAUUCCAUUCCAUUCACCUGGAGGCAUUCUAUCUCCCAGGUGUGCAGAAUGAACUAGUGGACCAUCUCAGCAGAUUGUUUCACAGUCAGAGUGGGCCAUGCAUCUGGAUGUCAUAUAUUCCAUCUUCCAAAAGUGGAGAUUUCCCCAGGUCAAUCAGUUUGCCACCAGGAACAAUGGGAGGUGCCCAAUCUUCUGCUCCUUUCAGAAACACAACCCGGGUUCGAUCUCAGAUGUGUUCCUGCUCCCUUGGGAAGACCAUCUCAUGUAUGCCUUUCCACCAUUCCCACUCGUGCACAGAGUACUGCUGAAAAUCCUCAGAGACAGAGCUGUAAUAAUUCUGCUGGUUCUUUCUAGACUCAUGGGCUAACCCUUUGAGCCUAUGGGCUCCUGCUCCCUUUCUCACCUGUCAUGGGAUGUCGCUUUCCUUGUGGCGAUAACAUUGGCGAGACAAGUGUCGGAGAUUAAAGCUUGACAUCAGUUAUGUAGUACAUAUAUGGUGUACUACAAGGACAAAAUCCAACUGUAACCCCAUCCGGCCUUUCUGCUGAAAGUGGUGUCUUCCUUCCUAAGUUAAAUAUUUUCCUCCUACUAAUUAUUGCUUGUUCAUAAAAUAAACAUCAACUUCUUUACAGGUAAGUAAUCCACAGAUCCAUACAUUUGGCUACAAGACAAUGGAACAUCAGAUUAGUAGCUUCAUUAAGCCAUAUUAACUCAAGGUAUAACUAUUAUCACACUUGGCUAAGAGGAUAAUAUGCAUUAAACACACCAUUGCUGAAUGCUUCCCUUUGCCUUACUUUUAAGAGAUCCUUUUUAUUGCUGAAUUUUUAUAACUCAGUGGGAUUUUUUUUUGCCUUGUUCUGUAAGUACUCCUAAAACUAAAUUGUGAGAUUGAUGGCUACUAGCAUGUGGUGGAUCUGGCCAGGAACUAGAAUGAGGGAGGGGGCUCAGGGUUGGGACAGGAGAUUUGGGUGUGGGGCACUUACCUGAGCUACUCCCAUUUGAU